UUCCGGGUAGAAGGCCAGUGCCAUAACUGCACGGUUUUGCGGCAUGAGCAGCCAAUGUCCUUUCUUUCCUGUAUACUUCUCCUUCAGGCAGCUUUCGUUUUCACGGAGGAAGGUCUCGGGAGCUUGGGACGGAUCCCAGGUCUCCCUCCACCGAGGAGCACGGGUUUCCCCCACCACCCUGUCAGUGGACGACACAAGCCGCGGCGGGGAGCCGGGGGAAUGAUCCCCGGGGCCAGGCUCCGGAGCGGCAGCCCGGGCUUCCUCCUCCUCCCCGCUGCUGCGGGCCGGGCCGGGCCGGGCCCGGCUGCUCCUGCCCCGCUCUCUGCCGGGGCCGGCGAUGGAUGAGCGGCUGCUGCAGGCCCUGGGGCGGCUCAGCCUGCAGCCCCGGCGGGGACGGUUCGCCGGGCGGCUGGUGCUGCUGCGCGGGCUGCCGGGCUCCGGGAAGAGCACCUUGGCCAGACAACUGAAACGUGACUAUCCUGGUGCUGUAGUUCUCAGUACUGAUGACUUCUUCAUUGAAAAUGGUGUAUACGUGUUUGAGCCUGACUUCCUAGAGGAUGCACACAAAUGGAACCAAAAGAGAGCACGCAAAGCAAUGAAGAAUGGGAAAAGCCCGGUUAUUAUUGAUAAUACCAACAUCCAUGCUUGGGAAAUGAAGCCGUAUGUGAUAAUGGCACGUGAAAACAGAUAUGAAGUUGUAUUCCAAGAACCAGAUACACCCUGGAAGUUCAAUGUUCAAGAACUGACAAGAAGAAAUACUCAUCAUGUUCCUCGACAAAAGAUACAACAGAUGAAAGAACAAUACGAGCACAACGUUACAUUCCACAGUGUUCUUCAGUCCGAAAAACCACGCCGAGAUGAAAGAAGGUCCCAUGAACCAAACGCAGCUUACAGGAUGGGUGCCCAUUCCUGCCCACCUCCAGCCCUCUCAAACAGGAGGCCUCGUGGCACAUACAAGCAAUAGGCCUUUUAACCAAAGAGGUGGAUUCCCUGGUGGGUUUUAAUUAUCAGGGUAUAAAAGUCUCUAGUUGUCCAUCUUUUUCUCUAAACUGUUUUUUAUUCUUGUAUUUUUCUACUAUAUUUCUAAAUUACUUUUAUUUCUUGGAAAUAUUCUAAUGCCUCUGGAUUAUGAUCUCACAGCUUUGCAUGACCGAUCUAAGACCACUAUCUCCAGCACAAACUGUACUCCCUCUCAUCCCACUUCCUUCAUGAAAAUCCAUCCAAGCUUACAGUGACAGUUAGUGGCUGUGUCACAUGGUGGGAUCUGUUUGGUUUUGGUU